AUGUCUCGAUACGUUACUCCUUUCUUGGUGCUCAACUUGGGUUCCGAGAUGAUUUUCGUCGUCGCUCAAAGACUGCAAGCUCAAAAUAUCACGCAGGAAAGGGCCGCACUAGUUUUAGAAGAAAUAAUAUCUGCAUUGGUCUCAAAACAGCUUAUCACAGAGUUGAUUAAACCUCAAUCAGCUUACAAUCAUGAGAAUAUUCGUGAUAUUAUCGAGGAUAUCACGCAAUCUUCUGUGAUGAGGCUAGAUUCUGUGUCUAUGAGUAAGUUAUGGGAUUUAAUAAGUAUGGUUUUCAAAUGGCAGGUUACUAUGUCGGAAGAUUUGAUAGCUUUAACUCAAAGGCAUUUAUAUGAGAUUGAAAACUAUGUAACAAAUACAGAGAUACAUUUGCAACUUCAAAAAGUGCAGACUAUUGUAGAUAACUUCAAUAAAAUCCUGGAUAAAAAGGAAAAAAUGGAUCUACUCGAUAGUACCGCUUUUUGGCUUAAAGAUUACAACGUUAGAGUGUCUCUAUUGAUACGUAUGGGGCUACAAGGGAUGGACGGGAAUUUUAUUAUAAACAACUUGGACCCCAUAGCGGAAGAAAUGCUUAGGAAUUUAGGGGAGAAUAUUUACAUGGUCACCAAUAAUGGCAGAAUAUUGGAAAAUAGGCCUCAAACAAGAAAAAACUCCGAAGUCAACGAACUGCAACUUUUUGUGGAUGAGAUGAUGGGAUCCAGAAAACUAAGCACAGGUAGUAAUGAUGGUACUUUUUUGAAACUCACUAUAAACGACGAAAAUAUAACGAAUAACAAUGCUCAAGUGGACUCAAAUUUCGACAAUAUUAACGUCAAAGUUAACGAAAAUAAUUUACACAGCCUUAUUAACGAAUUAAAUGUUUGCGAUGAUGCGGAAGAAAAAAGUUUUCAGGAAGAUCUUUUGGAAAUGAUUGGUCAAAACACUGAAGAUUAG